AGCCCAGCCACUCUGACGCCAGCAUGGCUGCCGCGCUGCUUCUUCGCCGUUUGGCUUCGGCGGCGGCCCCUGGGGCCGGUCUGCCGCUCUGCCGCUUGCUGGGCUCGGCGGCAGCGCAGUUCCAACACCUGCUGGUGGAGAAGAAGGGGGCCGGGCAGCACGUGGCGGUGGUGCAGCUGAACCGCCCGAAAGCCCUGAACGCGCUGUGCGACGAGCUGAUGAUGGAGCUGAGCGAGGCGCUGGACGCCCUGGAGCGGGACCCGGGCGUGCGGGCCAUUGUGCUCACCGGCAGCGAGAAGGCUUUCGCCGCCGGCGCGGACAUCAAGGAGAUGCAGCACCGGACCUUCCAGGAGUGCUACGGCGGGAACUUCCUCGGCCACUGGGACCGCCUGGCCAGCGUCCGAAAGCCGGUCAUCGCCGCCGUUAAUGGUUACGCGCUGGGCGGUGGCUGCGAGCUGGCCAUGAUGUGCGACAUCAUCUACGCGGGCGAGAAGGCUCAGUUCGGGCAGCCGGAGAUCCUUCUGGGCACCAUUCCCGGCUCCGGCGGGACUCAGCGGCUGACUAGGGCGGUGGGCAAGUCGCUGGCCAUGGAGAUGAUCCUGACCGGGGAGCGGAUCUCGGCCCAGGAGGCCAAGCUGGCCGGCCUCGUCAGUAAAGUCUGCCCGGUGGAGAAGCUGCUGGACGAAGCCAUCAGCUGCGGGGAGAAGAUCGCCCGCCACUCGAAGCUGGUGGCCGCGAUGGCCAAGGAAGCGGUCAACGGCGCCUUCGAGAUGAACUUAGCCGAGGGCAACCGGCUGGAAAAAAGGCUGUUCCAUGCCACCUUUGCCACGGAGGACCGGAAAGAGGGGAUGAGUGCCUUUGUGGAGAAGAGAGAAGCCAAGUUUAAAGACCAUUAAUUUCUCCCACGAUGAUAAUGGGGGGGGGGGGAGUAUGGUGAGGGAUGAUGGGCUAGGGAUACAGUUACACUUUGCUACAAGAGGCCUUGAUUUGCAAUCCCUGGACCCUAAAAAGACAGCCAUCUUCUUGCGAGAAAGUGGUCACGGCUCAUAGUUAUUGGCAUCAUGGUGUGCAAAGAUCAAUUUCUUUGGCAAGAUAGUAAUUGAAAAUAAAAUUGUCCCAAUUUCCCUAAUAGGUGGUCUUUGUAGAAUGCCUUGGAUUGCAUAAAAAUAGAAGCUUUUGUGUCCACAGAAAACAGGCAGAUGUACAAGAUGAAAGGAAUGUUUUUUAUGCACUAGAGGACACAUAUAGAAGUUUAAACCUCUUCCUCCACUUCAGAUUUCAUAACCUCUGUAAUAGGGUGAGUGAAAGAAAGUAUGUUAAUGCAUUCUUCUUGGUUGACUCUAGUUGCUUUGACAGACACUUGGCAAGUGUGGGUUGGUUUAUCUGUCCAGAAUCAUAUACCAAUGUGCCUGCUGAAUUUCGUUAUCUUGGUGAUAAAUCUGAGCUUUAGCUACCGCCAUCCCAAAUAAGCUAUAUAAUAAGGCAUAUCUUGUGUGAUUGCAUGUAACCACCAAAGUCCAUAGCCAAGAAUAUGCUGGUGCAACAAACAUAAGUUGGUGGAGGCGCUUCGUAAGUUAAUGAAAAAAACAAAGAUGCAGAAGUAUUCUGAUGUAUUCCAUUGAUUUCUUAAUUGCAAUAAACACUUUUAAUAAAAUGA